UAAUUGAUUAGUUCUGGUAACAGUAAGUCUUCUUUAGAUUAGGCGAUUUGGGCGAUAGAAGCGAAGCAAAGCAAAGCAGACCGAAGUUAUGUCCGGAGGAAUCGCACGUGGUCGACUCACAGAGGAAAGGAAAGCGUGGCGUAAGAACCAUCCUCAUGCUUUUGUUGCAAAGCCGGAGACUUCAUCAGAUGGAACAAAUAACCUAAUGGUUUGGCAGUGUAUCAUCCCUGGCAAAUCUGGGACUGACUGGGAAGGUGGGUUUUAUCCACUGACACUCAAUUUCUCGGAGGACUACCCAAGCAAACCUCCAAAGUGCAAGUUUCCUCAGGGCUUCUUUCAUCCUAAUGUCUAUCCUUCUGGAACUGUUUGCCUCUCAAUCCUCAAUGAAGAUUAUGGAUGGAGGCCAGCCAUCACUGUUAAGCAAAUCUUGGUUGGUAUUCAAGACUUGCUCGAUGAACCAAACCCAAAUGACCCUGCUCAGACCGAAGGAUACCAGCUCUUUGUCCAGGAUAAGAAUGAAUACAAGAGAAGGGUGAAACAACAGGCGAAACAGUACCCAACAGUAGUUUGAUAUCUUGCCUUGCCUCAAAGUCUGGUUUAUCUAAAUUAUUUUCUUCCUCUACUUUGUUAGACUUAUUGAGAAGAACAUGUUACUAUUACAUUUUCAUGCAGACAGAUGAAUGAUUGUUGCUUACGCAUUCUAGAAAUAGUCAUGUUAUGAUUCAAUUAAACUUACAACUUUUCAACAUUA